AUGAACUGGUUCAUAUUAUGGAUUUUAAUAAAUAUAGCGAAAGUACAGUCAUUGAUUCAUUACUAUGGAGAAGCAGGUGAACGUAUGUGCUUCUAUAAAGAAUUGAAUCAAGGGAUCUUAUUAAUUGGUAGAUUUAAAUUAGAAAUAGACAUAGAUGGAGAGUUUAGGACACCUAUUGAUAAAUCAAAUACAGGUCUAAUAAUAGACGUUGAAGAAAUAUUCGAUUCAAAUCACCGUGUAGUUCACCAGAAAGGGAAGUCUUCAGGGCAAUUCAGUUUUAGUGCCUUGGGGGAUGGGGAACAUAGAAUUUGUUUAACACCCAAACUGUUUUUCAAGAAGUGGUUUGAUGGAGGGAGUAACGAUCCAAAUUUUAUACGUGAACUGAAAUUCAAGCAUUGCCGUGUGCUGCUUGAUCUUCUAGUAAUGGAUUCAAACUUACUAGAUUCCAAACACACGGGCAAAGUCAAAUUGUUGAAUGAAAGAAUAAAUCAAUUGAACAACAAAUUGAUUGAUAUCAAAAGGGAACAAAAGUUCAUACGAGAGAAGGAAGAAGGAUUCAGAGAUCUACUGGAAUCCACUAACGAGAAAGUGAUCAAAUGGCUGUUAAUACAAUUGGUUGUUUUGUUGAUGACAUGUACUUAUCAUUUAAUAACUAUCCAAAGAUUCUUUGUCAAAGAAAAGAUCAGUUAA